AUGAAGAAGAAAAGUAGGAGAGAAGAUUCUGAACCGAGUGUUCAGGAAAAUAAAGAUUACCCAUUACAGUACGAACGAAAUCCAAGAGAUUUUUGUGGAACUUUAUCAUUUAUGUGUCCGGAAAUUCUUCAGAGGAAGCCUUACGAUUUUUACUGUGACUGGUGGGCUUUCGCCAUCGUGUUAUUCCAAGCGUUGGUUGGAAGAACUCCUCUGGAGAUUUAUGUGAAAGAAGCUUUCGAUAUUGAUAAUGUGUAUUUAUUGCCCCGUUACGACCGGAUAAGAGCUGCUCUAAAUGUGAAGGUGUCGUAUCCUGCUGAAUUAUCGGAUGAUACCAAACAUUUUAUUUAUGACAUAUUGCAAAAGGACCCGUACAGACGUCCUCUAGAAGUAAAUAUAAGAGAACACGAGUAUUUUCUUAAAGUGCCUUGGCCCAAAAUUACUUAG